AUGAAGGAUGAGGAUGGCCUUCCAACGUCGACGACGGCCAGCGCGAAGAAGGAGAGCUCGGAUUCGAGUGUAGUACUCGGGAAAGGCAGGUACAAGUUUUGGGCUUUGGCUGCGAUUUUGUUGCUCGCGUUUUGGUCCAUGUUCACCGGCACCGUCACGCUCCGGUGGUCCGCCGGCAACCUCAAUCGGCUCUCCGACGACCUAGACUCUCCUAUUCACGACGAUCUCGAUGUCCUUGAAAUGGAGGAGAGGGAGAAGGUGGUGAAGCACAUGUGGGAUGUUUACACUAACAGCCGUCGGAUCAGACUGCCCAGGUUCUGGCAAGAGGCAUUUGAGGCUGCCUAUGAGGAGUUAACCAGUGACGUCCCUGGUGUUCGAGAAGAAGCCAUAACCGAGAUCGCUAAAAUGUCCGUGCGCUCUGUCGAUCUCGAUCCGCCUCCUGUACAAUCUGCACUUGGGGACUUCGGUACUUUGAUUGGGAAGUGUAUUAAGGAAAUGGGUUGUUUUGUUGUCUACCCUAUCCUAAUAUAG